AGGAGAAACUGGUAAUUUUUUAUUUUAAAAUUAAUUAUGGUACAAACUAUUUAUAAUUGAUUUAGUUAUUUUUUCUUUUCCAAUAUUGAUGGCUUGUACCUGAUUAUUCCGGUUAAUAUUUAAUAAAUCAAUUUGAAUUAUUUAAUUAAUUUAGCAUUACCGCCUUGCUAGUACAAACAGAUUUAAUUAACAAAAUUGAAUUGUUUUUCUCUUUGGAAAGUUGAAAAUGAAGAAACUUAAAGCAACAGAUUUAAUAAUGCUAAUAAUGAGGCAUCAUCAAUCUUACAUCUUUUCUUAUGUUUAGGAAACACACGGAAACAAAUGAGUUAUGUUAUAUGGUUUGAAAAAAUUUAAUAAUUAAGAAAACAAGUUUUCCCCUCGUGUGAUCCGUUCGUUUUUUUAGCCUUUGAUCUUAAAUUUUGUAAUAUUAUUAUUUUAGAUCUAUAAUAAAAACACAAUCCAUAAAUUUUCAAUCAUUUUAAUUCAUAAUCGAAAUCCAAUAAUCCUUAAAUAUAAUUAGUUAUAUACGCAAUGGAAGUCUGGAGGCCCUAUGCCAAAAAGCGUGUCUGCACACCCUCCGGCUCUGGGGUAGCCCUAGUUAGAACAAGACAACUCCAAGUAGAGGAGGAAAGAUCGAGAACAUCAAGAAAUCAUGUUAUGGAGUUGGAGACCUCAAGGUGAAGGUUGCCCAAUUCGACUACAAGUUCUCUUCAUUUUGGUCAUCUCUAACCUUGUAAUUAUGGGGUUCUUCUACUCUGUGUGUGGCUAGAACAUCAUUGUCGUUUAGGUAGGUUGCACCUAGGGUGGUGACAGGAUUUGAUUAUAUAUUAGAUAAGUUGAUUGAUGCUUUGAUUCGUGCCUUUCGUGGUUCAUCUUAUUCUUGCUUCAUUAUAUUAUGAUAUAGGGUUAGUAUAUUUGUAUGAUCGGAAUUUUGACCAUAAUAAAUAUCUUGGUUAAUUUUUUCGAACUAUAACAUCCUGGCCCAAACUAUAAACUAUACAUCAAAGUAACGAUAUUGGUCAAGCCCGAUAUUUGAUCGUUAUCUUGAACGAUCAAACGCGUUGACUAUCGGUCAACAUGCCACAUCACCGUGUGGUCAUUAGGGCUGUCAACCGGUCGGUUUCGGUUUAACCGAAAACCAAAAACCCGGUUAUCAGUUAAACCGAGCCACCCCCUAUAGCUGCCGACCACCGACCGAAGAGAGUUCACGGUUAGCCGACCAACCGACCGGUCGGUUCCAGUUUUAGGCUCGGUUAGCCGGCCAACCGAAAAAAAUAGAAUUUCAAAAAAAAAAAAAAAAACAGAAAAAAUCCUCACCACUCCUUCCUUAUCUCCUCCUCCUCUCUCUUUCCUUCCUCCACACCAGACCUCUUCUCUCUCCUUCCUUCUUCUGCUCACCUUCUUUCUUCUUCUCACCUUCUUUCUCCACGGAUUCAGUUCCCAAAAUCAAUUAUGAAGCAAUUAAUCCGCCGCCUCUCCCGCGUCGCCGACUCCUCCACCUACAGCCUCCUCCGCUCCGACUCCCACCACAAGCGCCGCUGGCAGAGCCGAAUCAUUUCGGUCCCUAGAGAAGGCGGCGAGGAGAUCCAGCCCACGGGUAUGUCCCCGUCUACGUCGGCGCCGAGAUGGAGCGGUUCGUGGUGAGCGCCGAGCUCCUCAACCACCCGGUCUUCGUCGGCCUCCUCAACAAGUCGGCGCAGGAGUACGGAUACGAGCAGCAAGGCGGGCUCCGGAUCCCCUGCCACGUCCUCGUCUUCGAGCGGGUCAUGGAGGCUAUUCGCCUCGGCCUCGAGUCUCACGACCUCCUCAGCUCGACAGCUCCUCCUCCACCGCCGUCUCCAUCGGCUACUUAUGAGAAUUGUCGUCUCUCCGAUUUAGGUUUUUUUUUUAAGAUUUGGGGGAGAAUUAAUUUCACAGGAAAAGAGAGAGGUGGAGGCGGGGAGGUGGAGGGGGAAAGGGAAGGUCGACUGCGAGGGUGGAGGGAGGAAGGGGAAGGGGUUGGGGAGCUAGGGUUAGUGGGAAAUGGGACUGGGGGCGGCGUCGUUUGGGGGGGGGGGGGGGGUUCGGUUAGCCGGUUAACCGCCGGUUUUCAACCCCGGUUAGUCGGCUAGCCGAACCUCUACCCUUCCUCACCGCCAACCGACCGUUGUAAUUGAAGUAGGUUUUUCGGCUAGCCGAAAACCGGUCGGUUCGGUUGAAACCGACCGGUUAGCCGCUAACCGGAAAACCGUCCACCAGCCCUAGUGGUCAUCAUAAAAACCAUUAAAAUAU